UAAACAGUAUAUGAGGAAGUAAGCUAACGAGCAGCCACCAUAGGGUUAACCGUGAAGUGGAAGUAACCUCCUCCUCUCCGAGUGUCUCUCUUCUGGGAUCCGUCUAAUUCAGAGCAAAGCUGCUCCCUCGUUUUGCCUCACUUUGUCCCGUGGAUGAUUUCUCUUCUCGGCGUCGUCUCCAUUUUGGCGGCCAACGGCAUCCUCUGUGGCGGCGUUGGCGACACUUUAAAGGGGAAUGAAACUUCGGACGAACAAGCGGAUGUGAAGUGUGAUGUGUUACAAUGGGGAGUUAAACGCGAGUCGUUUGACGCCAUACAUUUUUGACCCCUUUGGAGCUUCUGAGUUGGAGUGACUUUCAAGAUGCGUUCUACUGCGGAUGGACAAGCCAGCCCCCGCAGCAAUGACAACAACAACAACAACAACAACAGUAAUGAGAACAGUGGAAACUCCGGUUCUCAGUAUGCACUUUGCGCCCUGGGUGUCGGACUGGUGGCUCUUGGCAUCGUAAUGAUCGUGUGGAGCAUAGUCCCUGCAGAAACCACAUCGAACAGUAACAGCAGCACUGCCGGUGGAGGACAUGGUGAUCCUUCUGGAUCCAGAAAAAGUAAAGCUUCCUCUGUGGCCUUUGUCCUGGUGGGAUCGGGGGUGGUCAUGCUGCUGCUGUCCUUGUGUCUGGGGAUGAGGAACAGGCAGCGGGAGCAGCAGAGACUGCAGGAGGCCCAGAACCAAAGAAGAAUGACCACCAGGGAGAACAGAGAUGCAGAAAUGCCUGUGGAAGACGCCCAGCGGUAUGCCGUGCCCACCUACGAGGAGGUGGUAGGCAGCGGGCAGUACCCCGUCCGCCAGAGCAACCUUCAGCCCAGCUCCUCCCAGCUCCCUUCCUACGACGACUUGGUCCAAGUCGACGGCGUGCAAUACGAAUUUGAGGUCGCUGGAUCCCCGCCUGUCCCCACCACUGUCCCCACGACCGGCGUCACUGCCGCAUCCAACCGCAAACACGGCAGAAGUGGCCGCAAGCUCCUCCCCAUCAAGAUCCGUAGGAUUAAAUCAGAGAAGACGCCGAGUUCUCAGCCGGCCACUGGGAUCAGUAUAGAGCCGCUCACCCCGCCGCCACAGUACGAGGACAAGGUGCCUCCCCUUUAAGGUUUAUGCUAAUUGGUCCUUAGAAACUACAAUCAUCACUCAUGGAGCCUCCUGGAUAUGGAAUACCUUCUGUAAUGCUCUGUCAUUUCAAAUAACUGACAAACAGAAAAGUCUACUUCUAAAACUGGAACACAUCGGAACAGAAGCAUAGACCAAAUAUCUCCUCGGAUGCCAACGCGACUUCAAUACAUUCAUAGUUGGUUACGUAAGUCACACACACUGUGAUGGUGGCGGACAUCCUGAGACAUAUUUCUCCACAAAAGAGGACGAGAAGAAGCUGUUGAACUACAAGCAGCAGAGUGGGCAUUGGUGCAUUAAUUAUUUUCAUCAGCCUUGAACACACACACACACACACACACAAACCUUCACUGUCUAUGACAGUGUUGCUUUUUAAAACAUCUUGGCUUCUGUUCGCCCAGCUGCUUAUCUCUCACACACUCCAUUACCGAAGACGUACCAUUCUUUACCCUCUGGAAUAAUUGCAUUCAGGCAAUGUGCUCUCAGUAAAUUAUUCUAUCAGUUAAAAAUGAUAUAUUGUGCUGGAACUGUACUAUUUUUAUGACGUUGUGAUGGUAAUCCCCUGAAAGACCUGCAACAACAUUACAAAAAAAGAUGGUUUAUAGUCCCACAAUACACUCUGUUGUAAGAGAAUGGACAUGUGUGCUAAAAACAAAUGGCGGGUUUUAGUCAAAAUUAAGUAUGUUCUGAUCUGAUUUCGUGGAUUCCGAUACCAAUCAACAAUGGGUGAGGUCAGCAGAUUCCGAUUUUUUUCAAUGUAUUUAUGACGAGUGCUAUUGACGGUUUAGCAUUGUCAACACAAUAUAGAAACUAUUGUCCACUACUCAUUUAAAUCCUUUGUUUUUUUUGCACUCAAACUCUUCCUGUGUCCAGGGAAACAUUCCCACAGUUUAACAUUAACAAAAACAACAAAUUAUAAUUUUUUUUUGGAAUGUCUACCGAUUUAUAUAAAGAUAGUACCAUUGGAAUCAAUCACCAAUUUAUGGAUCGAUCCGCCGUCCUUUUAUGUGUCGUGUACUGACCGUGACAAUGCUGACACACCGGCAUUUAACUUUAUCCUCCUAACUCUUUCAUGUCAAAAUCUGCUUUCUUUCUACUGUAACGUGGUUUUAUCUACACUUCUUAUACCUUACUAAGCACUUAUUUCUUGGUGUUUAAAUCCAGUUUACCGGUUAGCUCGGCUAUUAGCAUGCUUGCUCCUGCUUGCUUUUGGUGUGCAACAUGAUUAGCUUUGUCCUCCAGUGAUAUUAAUUCAAAGCCCAAAACCAGUGAAGUUGGCAUGUUGUGUAAAUCACAAAUAAAAACGGAAUACAAUGAUUUGCAAAUCCUUUUCAACCUAUAUUCAAUUCAACAGAUACUUAACGUUCGAAAUGGAAAACUUUAUUUUUUGCAAAUAGAAUUUUGAUGCCUGCAACGUGUUUCAAAAAAUGUGGCACAAGUGGCAAAAAAGACUGAGAAAGUUGAGGAAUGCUCAUCAAACACUUAUUUGGAACAUCCCACAGGUGAACAGGCUAAUUGGGAACAGGUGGGUGCCAUGAUUGGGUAUAAAAGCAGCUCCCAUGAAAUGCUCAGUCAUUCACAAACAAGUAUGGGGCGAGGGUUAACACUUUGUGAACAAAUGGGUUAAAGAACAACAUUUCUCAACGAGCUAUUGCAAGGAUUUCAGGGAUUUCACCAUCUACGGUCUGCAAUGUCAUCAAAAGGUUUAGAGAAUCUGUAGAAAACACUGCAGGUAAGCGCUGAUAUUAUGGACCUUCGAUUAGAAAGGACAGAUUUAUUAAAAAAAAAAAAAAAAAAUUACUUGGGACUUCCCGCUCAUCUAAGAUGGACUGAUGCAAAGUGUAAAAGUGUUUUGUGGUCGGACAAGUCCACUUUUCAAAUUGUUUUUGUGUCCUCUGCGCAAUACGGAUGGUUCUUUUCCUCUUUGGUCCAAAGUUCAAAAGUCAGCAUCUGUGAUGGUAAGGGGUGUAUUAGUGCUAAGGUAUGGGGACAUGCAGGUUUGGGAGUCUUUUCAGUCUAUUCAAUUGAAUAUAAGUUGAAAAGGAUUUGCAAAUCAUUGUAUUCUGUUUUUAUUUACGAAUUACACAAUGUGCCAACUUCACUGGUUUUGGGUUUUGUGCUUAAGAUACUAAGAAAUGCAGUUUAUUUGCUUUAAUAGAGGUAGUUUUAAUUAAAUUAGAGUGUCUCCAUGCUCUGUAUGGAGACACCUAAUUAGCUGCUAGCCCCUUGUCAGGGACUAAAAAUAGAUGCAGUGUUUGCCAGAGGGGAUCGGCAAUGGUGAUCACAUUCUUUUUCUUAAAAAUCGGAUGAUACUGAUGGAUCGGUGCUUCCCUAGUAAAAACACGGGCUUAUAUUUGAAUGUGUGUUUUAGCAACAGUUUGACAUCACACAACACAGGACAAAAGCAUCAUUCACACUCUUCUCAUAUUCACAUAAAACCAAUUUGCUCUGCCACUAUGGCUUGGGUCAACAUGAUCUUCCAACCCUUGUGCACCUGAAAAAGUGGUCUCAGACAAGGGUUUCGAUCCAUUUCUGAGUAAAAGUUGAGCUGAAAUGUCAACACUCCAUGCACCAGAGUGUAAGAAUUAAAGUCCUGUCCAAAAAAUAGCAAUAUAACCACCUACUCUGGCGUUAGUAGGUCGUGACUUCAAACCCCAGCCGAGUCAUACUAAAGACUAUAAAAAUGGGACCCAUUACCUCCCUGCUUGGCACUUGGCAUCAAGAGUUGGAAUUAAGGGUUAAAUCACCAAAAAUUAUUCUUGGGCGCGGCCACCACUGCUGCCUACUGCUCCCCUCGCCUCCCCUGGGUCAAGUGCAGAGAAUAAUUCCAACACACCUAGUGUGUUUGUGACAAUCUCUGGUACUUUUAACUUUAACUUAGGUGAAGUUUUUUUUAAAUAUUUGGACCGGAUCAGAGUACCGAAUGCAGCCUUCUUAGUCAGUUCUACUUGCACCACUGUGUGGUCUUCAAAUUGUUUACGUACCGUAAUCGUUAUACAAAAUGAAACUGUUGAUGAUUUGUUUGGUAACUUUUUGUAUGAGCAAAUGAGCGAGUUUGUUUGGUCAGACGUGAACGCAGAAAUUGAACGCGGGUGUGGACUAAAGCAAUCAAUUUGACAGAACCUAGAUGAUAUACAACUGUCUCAUAACCGACUGAGGGAUGCUGGGUCCUAAUGUUUAGGACAGGGGUCCCCAUUCUUUUUGAAACCAAGAGCUAUUCUUGGGUACUGAUUAAUGUCAAAGGGCUACCAGUUUGAUACACUCUUAAAUAAAUUGUAUUUCUCUCUGUCA